AUGUCUCGUCCCACCGUGGCACCUCCUGGGCUACGCUCUCGAGCCAUGCAAGCUACCUCGGCGAUCCAGCAAAACCCUCUGGAUCCGACGAUACCUGAAGAGAGUGGCACCCCUGGUCGCUACAACGAUUCCGGUCCCGGAGUGCCCCAAGGAUUCAUGGACAUUUUUGAUCAAGAUAUGGACUCAAGCUCUGACGAGCUCGAGUCACUCUACGGGCCGUCCCACCUCAACGACGUGGCCUUUCCAGACUCUCGAGAGUCCAGUGUGGACCUGGACGAAAUCCUGGAUGGUAGUUCCAAAUCAGACAGCGGAACAGAGUCGUCACCCGAAAAUGAUCAAAGAGCAAUCACCGAUACGUGCCUUCCAUGGUACCCUCUUCGAAAGAAAGAGCAUGCUGCCGCGUUGUUAAUGUUGGGCACAAGCCGAGAUCUGAUGUCGACAGCUGAGUAUACACGUAUACGCUGUAUCUUGAAGAAUGUCCUGCAUGUGGAUCUCCCCGAUCUUGGACAUUUGAAAAAUAUUCGGAAAGACCUCAAGGCCCGUUUUGGCCUGAGGGUGUUGGAACAAAUAAGUCCGCUGGGAAAUCCAUGUUUUACUCUUUCAGUGACUGAUAUCAUAUCUCAGGAGUUAUCUAACCCCGAGGUAGCUCCAAACAUUGAGUUUCUGCCGGAGGACGACAAAGCGGUCGUUGUUGAUCGUUUUUCACAAUCGAAAAAGUGGCGUGAAGACCUACCACCAAGUCUGCGAGUUCCUAUGGUUGAUGUCGACGGCGAGCAUUUUUACAUAUACGAACCCGCACAGCUUGCAGAUUCUCUAGUGUCCCACGGCCCUGGAGGCUCUCACCAUUUCCGCGUAGCACCCGAGCCAAAGUUUGAUUCACCAACUCUCUUGGAUGUGGAUGUUCAAACCUUUGCAUGUUCUUUUACACGAAUUGAAUUGCAGAAUGGCAAUAAAUGGUGUGACUCUGCAGCAACUCAUUUAUUACAACACUGA